UCCCCCUGCCUCCCCGCCCCGCACCUCGCCCCGGGGAGACCUGCGGCCGGGGCGGCGGCAGCAGCGGCGGCGGCGACACGGAGGGGGGAGGGGGCUGCCCCGGGCCCGCCCGUCGAUUCGCUCGCGGCUCCCCCACGGCCUGGCCAGGGGGCGGCGUCUGCUGCGCCAGGUUCGCGGGACGCACGUCUCCAGGUCUGCCUGCUCCGGGCGGCGUCAGUAGCAGCGGCGGCGCCCCGGAGCCCCCACCCCGAGCCUUCGCGGCGCCCCCCCCGUCGCUCCCUUCCCCCCGCCGCACCCCACCCGGGCCCGAGAGGAGAGAGCGAGCGAGCCCGAGCCGCGGGCGGGCGAAGCGAGCGAGCGGGUGGGCGGCGAAGAUGGCAGAGACGCCGGCCUCGCCGGCGCCGCUCUCGCCGCUCGAAGUGGAGCUGGACCCGGAGUUCGAGCCCCAGAGCCGGCCGCGCUCCUGUACGUGGCCCCUGCAGAGGCCGGAGCUCCAGGGGAGCCCGGCCAAGCCCUCGGGGGAGGCGGCCGCGGACUCCAUGAUCCCCGAGGAGGAGGACGAUGAAGACGACGAGGACGGCGGCGGCGGCCGAGCGGGCUCGGCCAUGGCGAUCGGCGGCGGCGGCGGCGGCGGGAGCGUCGCGCUGAGCUGCCCCGGGUUGCUCCUGGAGGACUCGGCCCGCCUGCUGGCGCCUGGCGGCCAAGACCCCGGCGCGGGGCCAGCCUCGGCGGCGGGUGCGCUGGGCGGCGGGACACUGACGCCGCUGCAGCCCCAGCAGCCGCUGCCCCCACCGCAGCCGGGGGCGGCGGGGGGCUCGGGGCAGCCGAGGAAAUGCUCGUCGCGGCGGAACGCCUGGGGAAACCUGUCCUACGCCGACCUCAUCACUCGCGCCAUCGAGAGCUCCCCGGACAAACGGCUCACCCUGUCCCAGAUCUACGAGUGGAUGGUCCGCUGCGUGCCCUACUUCAAGGAUAAGGGCGACAGCAACAGCUCCGCCGGCUGGAAGAACUCCAUUCGGCACAACCUGUCUCUGCACAGCCGCUUCAUGCGCGUGCAGAAUGAGGGCACCGGCAAGAGCUCCUGGUGGAUCAUCAACCCCGACGGGGGGAAGAGCGGGAAGGCGCCCCGACGGAGGGCCGUCUCCAUGGACAACAGCAACAAGUACACAAAGAGCCGUGGCCGUGCAGCUAAGAAGAAGGCGGCCUUGCAGACAGCGCCUGAGUCCGCCGACGACAGUCCCUCUCAGCUCGCCAAGUGGCCCGGCAGCCCCACGUCACGCAGCAGCGAUGAGCUGGAUGCGUGGACCGACUUCCGCUCUCGUACCAACUCCAACGCCAGCACAGUCAGUGGCCGCCUUUCGCCCAUCUUGGCGAGCACAGAGUUGGAUGACGUCCAGGACGACGACGCGCCGCUCUCCCCCAUGCUCUACAGCAACUCGGCCAGCCUCUCGCCCUCAGUGAGCAAACCGUGCACCGUGGAGCUGCCGCGGCUCACCGACAUGGCGGGCACCAUGAAUCUGAAUGACGGGCUGGCAGACAACCUCAUGGACGACCUGCUGGACAACAUCACGCUCCCGUCGUCUCAGCCGUCGCCCCCGGGAGGGCUCAUGCAGCGGAGCUCCAGCUUUCCCUACACCGCCAAGGGCUCAGGUCUGGGCUCCCCGACCAGCUCCUUCAACAGCACCGUGUUCGGACCCUCGGCUCUGAAUUCCCUGCGCCAGUCUCCCAUGCAGACCAUCCAAGAGAACAAGCCAGCGACCUUUUCCUCCAUGUCACAUUAUGGCAACCAGACACUCCAGGACCUGCUCACGUCGGACUCCCUCAGCCACAGCGAUGUCAUGAUGACUCAGUCGGACCCCCUGAUGUCUCAGGCCAGCACCGCCGUGUCCGCCCAGAACUCCCGACGCAAUGUGAUGCUUCGCAGUGACCCCAUGAUGUCCUUUGCUGCCCAGCCGAACCAGGGGAGUUUGGUCAAUCAGAACUUGCUCCACCACCAGCACCCGACUCAGGGCGCACUCGGUGGAGGCCGUGCCUUGUCGAAUUCUGUCAGCAACAUGGGCUUGAGCGACUCCAGCAGCCUCGGGUCAGCCAAACACCAGCAGCAGUCUCCUGUCAGCCAGUCUAUGCAAACCCUCUCGGACUCUCUCUCAGGCUCUUCCUUGUACUCCACUAGUGCAAACCUUCCCGUGAUGGGCCAUGAGAGGUUCCCCAGCGAUUUGGACCUGGACAUGUUCAAUGGCAGCUUGGAAUGUGACAUGGAGUCCAUUAUCCGCAGCGAACUCAUGGACGCCGAUGGGUUGGAUUUUAACUUUGAUUCCCUCAUCUCCACACAGAACGUUGUUGGUUUGAACGUGGGGAACUUCUCUGGUGCUAAGCAGGCCUCAUCUCAGAGCUGGGUACCAGGCUGAAGGAUCGCUGAGGAAAGGGGGAAGUGGGCAAAGCAGACCCUCAAACUGACACAAGACCUACAGAGAAAACCCUUUGCCAAAUCUGCUCUCAGCAAGUGGACAGUGAUACCGUUUACAGCUUAACACCUUUGUGACUCCCGCGCCAUUCCCUAGCCCAGCAAAGACUGUUAACGGCCCCUGACCCCGGGUGAAGCACUUAGCCCUGGAACAGAACUUUCUCUAAAGUAUGCAAAACCUUCCUUGUACGGGGUGACGAGCCAGCCACCUGCCCGCGAAGGACCACCACUGUAGAGCAUCCUGCGCGCCCCGUGUCUCCAGGCCUCAGCGGCCCAUGGGAUAUUUUUAAGUGCUGUUCUGUGUUUGUUUUCCUUUGCUUUCUGGAUUUUUCACAUGCAUUAACUUGCAGUAUUCUUCUGUUGAAAUGUUAGCCAUUCUUCCCCUGCAAGUUUUUAAAACCAGAAGGAAAAGGUUGUACCAGUGGCCAUUCUGGCUGGGGGCAUCACACGUGUUUGAGCCCAUAGAACUCUUAUAAAUCAAAACAUCACAUAAGUCAGAGAGGGGGGUUUCGCCUGGGGUUGGGUAGCAAGAAGUCCUUAUCUUAAAAAAAAAAAAAAAUAGAAACAGUGGCACAGUUGUCUGCAUACGCACGCCAGUCCAGGAUGAACCCCACGGAGGGCACUUCCACAGAGCCCAGCACCGUUAACCCGGCCACUUCUCAGUUCUGAGGUGGUGGUUGGGCCUAUGGCCUCCUAUCUAUAUCCUGUUUGGGGUGAGAAGUUAGCACCUUUGGGGGAAAAAAAGCAAUCAGCUCAGCUGUCUACUCAUUGCCAAAUGCCAUGAAAAGAGUUUAGUUUUGGGAGGAAAGGAACAGAAAGAGAAAGGUAGUCCAGUUUUGCUUUACAGAAGACAUGAAUAUCCAGGGAAGGCUCCGCCUGCAGUGAGACGUGUGUGCAAAGUGGAGGGGCUGCCGAGGGCGUCUGGGCCUCCCUGGUCCCCUGACUUCGAGCCCUAGUUGGUCCAGCCUGGCUGCUGGGAGCUGCUGUACCUCCCGGUGCGGCUGAGCGAGAGGCAGCGGCCGCCUGCAGAGAUGUGAUAGGAGCUCAGAUUGGGUGGCCCCUCAUGGGCCGCCUUGGAAGGAUCAGAUAGGGCGGUUUGUUUUCCCGCUUCUCUAGAUUUCGUUUUGUUUUCCCUAAAGUUAUGGUGCUGUCUAGGUGCUUUUCUGUUUAACCUGGAGCAUGAGAUUAGUUCCUCCCCCAACUGUUUUUUCUUUUCCUUUUUAGCAGACAGUGCAGUCGGGGACACCUUCAGUACCUAUGAGACUGGCAUAGCGACACUCGAUUAUUAGCACAGUGUAUGCAUACUUCUCCAAAGUGAUUGAUGAAGACGUUUUUUUUUCCUCUGCAUAAAUAAAAAGCAUUAGGCAGAUAAAUGUAUAAAUAUAUUUUAUCAUGUACAGUACGAAAACAGACCCUCCUGCAUGGGCGUUAGGAACCCUCACCAGUGUCUCAGCCCCGUGCUCCCUGCAUGAGCCUUCGCUGACCCCACAGUGAGCACUGACUCCCUCCCACCAACAGGGACGGGCCACCUGCGCCUCCCCCAGCCCCCGCCUGCGGCAUUUACCACCUGCCACCGGGGCCCCUCAUGCACCCCUGCUUUCCGAUCCUUCUGGGCCCAAGGUGGGUGGCCACCACAGCUCCCAGCGUAGUGAAAGUUCAUUCAGUAUCAUCCUGCGUCUCUGCCCCUUGCCGGGGCCAUGCUAUUUGUGUGACAGCCCCGUUGACUCCACCUCGCCUUUCACCGACUGUAAAUCAUCGUGCAGUUGUGGUUAUGGUAGACCUAUAGCCUGUCGCCUUUUCCAAACAGCUACAAGUUUAUAAACUUCAUUUUUAAAAUAUGUAUGAUUUUUAAAAGAUGUAUUCUCUUCACCACGGUCUGCUUGUCGGCGAGACAAGAUUCUGCUAAGUCUCCCUUGAUCUCCUCUGAGGCAUGCUGUACCCCAGAACUCUCUGUGGUGGUGACCCCACCCCUCACAGCUGCCUCUCAGGGCUCCAGGGAGUGCUGGGGGGACCUGCGGGGUGGGCUUAAGUGCAGAGAAUUGAAGCACAUCUCUUCUGAGCACGGGUCGACGGGUAGACUGGCAGUAACUUCUCACCUUGGCAGUGUUUGAGGUGGCGGGAAUUCCUUUGGGAGUAAGAAAGGGGACCCUCAAAUGUGCUUCCACUUUGAAAUGUGGGGUUCCUGUUAUCUGGUUGACUCCCCACCCCCACACGCAGUAUGUGUUGGAUUUCAGGUAGAAUGUUUUACAGAGUGUUCUAGAACCCGUAUAUGACUUAACCUAAGGCAGCUGAGGGAGGGGCAUAGGGGCUCGGAGGAGCAAGUGGAGAGAGAGAAGGUAAGGCGAGGGGGACGCUUGGGGCAGGGGGGGAUUAUAAUAACACAGGUCUCCCCAGUGUUGGGGGCUGAGUGAGGGCAAAGUAAUGAAUAAGCAUCUGCCCAGAAGGGGGUCGGACAAAAAACUAAACUGUCUGGAUCUGCCACCCCUUCACAGCACUCAGUCCCCAUUAGGGACAGGCUCCCUUGGACUGAGGAGUCACUGCACCCUCCCCCUAGCACCCUUUCUCUUCUGUGUGGUGGAGCUCCCUGAGGUGGGGGCAGCCUGUGCUCUCCUGCCCGGCGCCCCCUGUCCCCUCAUGGAGCACACAGGAGGUGGGGACUGGCGGCUAGAAUGUUUGCAUUACAAAAGAACUGGCCCAAGCUACCCUCUAGCUUCUAAAGAAGCUGCUCUCUGGACACUUUCUCCCCCCUCCCCCCAAGCCCUGCACCCCCUUCUGACAGGAAAUUAGAAAGAAGAGUCACUAAUGUUGAGCAUAUUCCCUGGGCUGAGGCUCUGCUGUUCCCUCCCUCCUGGUUCCAGAACCGGGUACCUUUAACCAAAGUUAGCAAAGAGCUUUAUCACAAGCCCUCACUGGCCUGGUGUGGGACAGCCCCCCGCCCCCCGACCUCCAGCCUAGACCAGCAGACCCUGUUGACUGUGAAUUCCCCCAAGGUCCAUCAGGUCUCCUGUUUCCCGAGACAUCGAGACAUCGUGCGUACAGGGAUGCUGCAUUGUGCGUGGCCCCUGCCCGUCCUGACACAGUGCUUAGCACCAGGAAGUUCAGGCUUGGGGUCCUCCCAGGAUUGGAGGGGCACACAGACUCUGCCUCUGCCCAGGGAGCACCCCCAUACAGAAGGCGACUUGCCUGUCUGGGAAAGACUCUCCAGGGGAAGCAGGAGGCUGCCCAGGCCAGGUCACCUGCUGCCGUUGCUGUCACCCCUCCUCCUUCUGAGAGCAGAAACCAAACCUGACAGCGCUGAGCCCCUUUUCCUGCUGUCUAUGGGGAGCAGUGGAUGAUUAGGUAUACUUUUUUAAAAAAUUAUUCUUUAAGAAGCAAUGUUUUUGGGUUUUUUUUUUUUUCGGUUGUUUUUUCUUUCUGUAGACAUACAAUCACUGGCAAAGAGGUACGAAAAAGCCAGCUCCUUUGGCAAACUGGGGCAGAGAGGCCCACGAGGAAAAGUAAAAUCCUUGUGAAAACCAUGUCUGAGAACAGACUGUUAAAGCAGAUGCCCUAGGCACGGGACCGCUUUGGUUUAUAUUUGGUCUGACUCGUUAGUGGGGAACUUAUUAUGCAGUUUGAGUGAAUGAAAUAAUUUCCCUCUUGUUUAGUUUUAGUUUUCCGUAUUUUUUUUUCCUUUGAUGAAUGAUUGGUUGCAAAGCCUUUGCCACACUCCAGAAAUAUUUGCGUGGCUGCUUGAAAAAAAAAAAAGAAUCUGUGUGACCACCUAUUUCUCUAAAAUUAUCUCAUUGCCUGGCAGUCAGUCUUCGCUCAUAUACUUCUUCUAGCACAUGAUGUACACGUGAAAUAGAAACAAAUAUGAAAGAGGACCAGAAAAAUUAGUUGAUAUUAAAAACAAAGUACCUUGUGCAUUUUGGCUUCACAUGUUGCACAUUUUUUAAGAAAAAAGGUUGCAUGAUGGGAAAAAAGUCUGUAUACAGUAUCUGUAAAACUGUCUUCCCUAUUUCAGUUUCUUGGUCACACCCCAUACAGACUAGAAUUGACAUGGUGCAUGGCCAUAUCCCAACACCGGAGAGGCAAGCACUUAAUCUGUUGGUUUGAAGCACCCCAUCCUUUCUUUCCAAGUGAACACUAUCAUCUUGCAUUCUAACUGAGGAUUUUGUCUAACCAUUUGACUUGCCAUGAAUUAACUCUUCCACCUUUUUUUCCCCUCCAGAUUUAAAACCGGUUUGAGUUGCGCAUCUCCCCCCUUUCCAAAUGAAGUAGAGAUGCAGCCCUUCCUUUCCUAGGUGUUUGUAGAUACUGCCUUGUGUACGCCAUUUAAAACCGUAAUCUAGUUUGUAAAAGCGAUGGUGACGCAUGUAAAUAAAGCAUCAAUGACACUCUA